AUGAAGAAGUUUCUGGGGACCAUUAGCUUCUCCGGCAUCGGAGGCCGGAAACGGCCAAGUCCGAGCCGUGGUGUCCUCGAGGCCUCGUCUGCAACGGAAUCCUCCGGCUCGGCGUAUUUUGGGUCGCCUCUGUCGACGGUGCUGCAUACAAGCAGCAUCAAUCUCAGUAUAUCGCCUGCUGCUGGCGAAAGCCCAAUAACAGCAUAUGGACCCGUGCCUCCGAUAAUGACCGAUUUCGUCAAAUUCUUCGAGUCAGGAGCAAUGGAUGCGGGUGACGAGCAGCACUUGGUAUACAGCCCUGGGCUGCAGAGGGUUUGGUUGGAGGCGAUUCGCUCAGCUCGAGUCAUUCGCGAGCUCCGAGAGAAAAUCAACAGCGGAUCGGGAAUUGGGUUCGCCGAGUUGACAGAAGCAGAUGUUCCUGCUGUCGCCACUCUAUUCAAACAGUGGCUUCGUGAGAUUCCUGAAGGAAUCAUUCCGAAGCUACACUUCCACCAAUUUGUCGAGGCUGGAGCCUCGGCUUUCGACUGGGAUUUCAGCCUCGAAGUGCCACACGGGUCCUACGAAUAG